AUGGAUUUACAAGAGAGCAAGGGUGAGUGUAUGGAAAGUUUUGGAGAGAGCAAAGGCAGAACUGUACAGACUCAAGUCACCUACACUCCUCUCUACCCAAGAACAACCUCAACAACCAACACCAUGUGUGGCUACUACAGAAACUACUAUGGCGGCCGAGGCUAUGGCUGCUGUGGCUAUGGAGGCUAUGGCUAUGGAGGCCUGGGCUGUGGCUAUGGCUCCUACUAUGGCUGUGGCUACCGUGGCCUUGGCUGUGGUUAUGGCUGUGGCUAUGGUUAUGGUUCACGCUCUCUCUGUGGCUGUGGCUAUGGUUGUGGCUCUGGCUAUGGAUCGGGAUUUGGCUGCUACUAUUAAGGAGUUCAAGGAUAUCUCAUUUUCCACAUGUGUGAUGCAAAAAUCCUCCAGCUUUGAAUUUCAA